CAAACAGGCAUUGACAGAAUCGAUUUGUCGCCACAUCGACCCGUUGCUCCUGCUUUCUGUUGAUGAACGCCAGCUCAUCUAUCACUGGGCUAACAGCCUUGGCCCUAUCCUAAUCCCUAUCAACGGCGUGGAAAAUGCGAUGACUUCGGUUUUCCUCCCACUGGCACUGAACAAGAGUCUUUCGGCGGAUCACAUUGCGUUUAAUGGUUGUCUGGCUCUUUUCAAUGCCAUAUGCGCUAUAUCUGCAUCCAACAUCGCAUCUCUCACCUCCGAUCUACUUAAGAAGCGGCGUUUCUUCGCUCUGGGUGAACUGCAUCGCCUCCGUAGUUUCGCGCAACUUCGGCAAAGUCUGAUUACCAAUAGCCCAAAUAACCGCAGUAAUGAGAUUGCGAUGGUCUCAAUGCUCUCUACGAUAAUCCUUUGUGACAGAGAGCACUACAAGUGGGAUGGGCCAGGCAUGGCGCUCUCAUAUUGCGGGAGGGAACUCGCUCUCUAAGCUUGCUUCUAAAGACCUGUGGUGGUCAUCACGGUCGGCAUGGAUGGUUUUUCAGACAUUUCAGGAGAUUAACCUCAUGGCAAUGCUUACGGAGACCCUCACAAGAACUUUGCUCUCGUUAGGUUCAUUACCCCCAUCACGUUCUUCUCUUGAUUUGUUUUCUUCCUUUACACCGGCUCCUCGCACUUGGUCUGCGUCUUCUUCUUCGUUUCCUACGACUUCCACCACCACCACCCCUACUACGACUAUUUAUUCUAGCACUGCAAUCAACAGCAAUCAUUUUACCGAUUCUGAGCCGACAGAUCUCCUUGAAGUGCUGUACAAGCACGUGGACCCAUCCUACACCCAAGAGGCGCUAGGAAUCUCUGCCGGGCUGAUGAAGAUUAUCGCGGAGAUUCUCUGUUUUCAGGAUACCUACUUAUCAGCAACAAACAUCGGCUGGGCUAAGCUCCAGCUCUCACUUUUCAUACCAGGAGACUCACAUUGCCAUCUGUCUACGGAUCUCUUCUCCCCAUCAUCUCGCUCUUCCUCAGCCUUUAUCAGCGGGCCUAGCCACCACCAAUAUGUCUUCUCCUACUCCACGCUGAUUUGCUAUAAGCAAUCUGUUCCUCCCUAUACGCGCACAGUCGAGACCGACACCCUUGCAAUCCUUGGCCUCUUACACAUCCUGGCUCUCGAUUUUAAUUAUAACCACAUAAACGAUCACUACCAUACCCCCUUCAUCUGGGCCAUUGUUAUAAUAAGCUCGAAGAUCCAGCGUGGGGAGAUGAAAUCCCGGGACCAGAUACUUGCCUGGUUAUCACGGCGGCAGCAGACCGGGUUUACCAUCUACGCUCUUGCUGAGGAGGUAGUGCGAGAGAUCUGGCGGAUGAGAGACUCGGGAGACAAUAGGGCUUGUAGGGCGCUGUGGAGAGAGUUUAUUGAGGCCAGGCUUGCGUUGGAUGUUUUUUUGGGGGUAAGCCGGCCAGUACACCACUUAUUAAGAUGAUCUGUACCCACUGAGCCAAUGCUGGAAAGGAUUGGUCGCUAGUCGCUAAGGACAUACUCUUAACCCCUCACCGA